CCUUACAAGCCACCCUUGAGCCUUCUUCCCUGCUCGAUCCUCCAUCUCCUCCACCCCUUCCUUUCGGCUUCCCUCUCCUCCGUCCCGAUAUUCACCAUGGUCGUCGGCUCGGUCCUCGUCACCGGUGGCACGGGCUACAUCGGCUCCUUCACGGCCCUGGCCCUGCUCGAAGCCGACUACAAGGUCGUCAUCGUCGACAACCUCUACAACUCCUCCGAAGAGGUCAUCAACCGCAUCGAGCUCAUCUCCGGCAAGCGGCCCGAGUACGCCCGAUGCGACAUCACCGACGACGCCGACCUGGACGCCGUCUUCGCCGCCCACCCGGACAUCGACAAUGUCAUCCACUUCGCCGCCCUCAAGGCCGUCGGCGAGUCCGGCGAGAAGCCGCUCGACUACUACCGCGUCAACGUCGCCGGCACCCUCUCGCUCCUGCGCGCCAUGAAGAAGCACGGCGUCACCAACAUCGUCUUCUCCUCCUCGGCCACCGUCUACGGCGACGCCACCCGCUUCCCCAACAUGAUCCCCAUCCCCGAGGAGUGCCCGCUCGGCCCCACCAACCCCUACGGCAACACCAAGGUCGCCGUCGAGAUGAUGAUCACGGAUUUCAUCAACUCGGAGCGCACCAACGCGAAGAAGUCGGGAGGCGAGAAGGCCGGCGAGGAGUACAACGCUGCAUUGCUGAGAUAUUUCAACCCGGCGGGAAGCCAUCCCAGUGGUAUCAUGGGCGAGGACCCCCAGGGUGUGCCGUACAACUUGCUACCGCUACUGGCUCAGGUCGCGGUGGGUAAGCGGGAGAAACUUUUGGUAUUCGGAGACGACUACGACUCCAAAGACGGCACCGCCAUCCGCGACUACAUCCACAUCCUCGACCUCGCCGAAGGCCACCUGAUCGCGCUCAACCACCUGCGCACCUCGAAGCCGGGCGUGCGCGCCUGGAACCUGGGCACGGGCAAGGGCAGCACCGUCUUCGAGAUGGUCAGCGCCUUCAGCAAGGCCGUCGGCCGGGACCUGCCCUACGAAGUGGCGCCGCGCCGCGCGGGCGACGUCCUCAACCUCACCGCGAACCCCACGCGCGCCAACACCGAGCUCAACUGGACGGCCAAGCGCUCCCUCGUCGACGCCUGCGAGGACCUCUGGCGCUGGACCGAGAACAACCCCCAGGGCUAUCGACAGCAGCCGCCGAAGGCGUUCCUAGACGCCUUGAGGAAGUAAGUGCGCCGGAGUCGUGAAGGUAGCAGGAGGAGGAUGGGAAUUACCGGGGGACUGUGGCAUGUCAAAGAAAGGGACUCGCUGGCGAGAGAAAUCCAUGAAGAGCGGAACGCAUGCAUGUCGCAGCGCGGAUCUACGU